AUGUAUGUACGGAGUACGUACGAUGUAUACUGGCUCCCUGCCCAAUCUCCGUGCCGAGCACUCCUUCGGGCGUAUCUUGUAUCCCACAUCCCUCCAACGCUUUCGGUCAGCUUAUCCAGUAUACUAGGUAUGCAAUUGGUGACUGCAAACGGCUUACAGCGUGUUGGCUCACCCGUGCCAACAGUAUUUUCUUUUCAGCGGAAACUGACAAAUGCCACUUUUAUUAUAGGCACCAUACACUGUUGCAUCGUAGAUCCAAUGAAAAAACCUAACUUACGCCAACCAGCAUUCCGUGAUCGCCCUCCAUCCCUGUUCAUGUUAUGCGGCUGGGCUGGUCAUGUCAACGCUUCAACCACUCAGAAUUACCUUUCCGCCUGGAAAGAUGAGCAACUUUCGACCCGAAGGAUUUACGCCCAGUCAACCCCAAACCCGAAGUGGCUCUUGGCAUGUUUUCGAUUGCGUACUGUGGACAUCAUAGUAUCACAACAGACACCAAUGCCAUGGGGCUCAGCCUUUCUUGUGUCUAAUUGUCUUUUCUUUUGAUGUAUCAUCA